AUGCUGUCGGCGGCGGGCGGCUCCGGCCCCGGCGGGGCGGGCGGCUCCGGGCCGGGCCUCGGCGGGGAGGGGGACUUCCUGUCGCGGUACCGGCUGGUGUCGGCCAAGCUGCGGCGGCGGUUCCUGCGGAAGCCGAACGUGGCGGAGGCGGCGGAGCAGUUCGCGGCGCUGGCGCGAGAGCUGCGCGCCCAGGAGAGCCUGCCCUACGCGGCCUGGUGCCAGCUGGCCGUGGCGCGCUGCGCCCAGAGCCUCUUCCACGGGCCCGCCGAGGCGGCCGCCCUGGCCGAGGCGGCGCGGCUCUUCCUGCGCCAGGAGCGGGACCUGCGGCAGCGCCUGGGACUGCGCGGCGGCUUCGGCGAGCACGUGGCGGCGGCGCAGAGCUGCGGCGCCUUCGCCGCCCGCCUGCACCUGGAGCGGGGUCAGCCGGCGCUGGCGGCCGGGCUGUGCCUGGAGCUGGCGGCGGCGCUGCGCGACACGGGCCGGCCCGCCCGCGCCGCCGCGCACCUGCAGCGGGCGGCCGAGCUGCUGGCGGCGGCGCGGCUGCCCCUGGAGGCGCUGCGCUGCCUGGCCGAGCGCGCCUCCUGCCUGCUGCUGGGCCGCGACUACGCCGGCGCGCUGGCGGCGCUGACGCGGGCGCAGGCGCUGGCCGGGGCCGGGCUGGGCGGAGUUGGCGGCGGCGGGGGCGCGCCCGCCGGGGCCUUCCUGGACGUGCUGGCGCGCUGCGAGGUGUCGCGGGUGCUGCUGCUGCUGCUGCUGCAGCCGCCGCCCGCCAAGCUGCUGCCCGAGCACGCCCGGACGCUGGAGCAGUACUGCUGGGAGGCGCCGGAGGGCGGCGCGGGGCCGGGGCCCGGGGGCGGCCCCGGGGCGGGCGGCGGGCUGCCGCCGGCGGCGAGCUACCUGCCGGCCGAGCUCUUCCUGCUGCUGCAGUCGGCGGUGCUGGCGUGCCAGGAGAAGGACGCGGAGGCGCUGAAGGCCCUGCAGGCCGAGCUCUGGCCGCUGCUCAGCGCCGAGCAGAACCACCUGCUGCACCUGGUGCUGCAGGAGAUGCUGCUCAGCCCCGCCGGACAGGGGCUCUGA